AUGCAACGAGCGGGUCUGGCCGGGCUGGGCUCCGUGGCCGUGCUCUGGCUGCUGGCUUUGGCUUCCCUGGUGGGGCUGUGGAGCGGACGGAUUGAGGAGCCGGGACGCAUCGGAUCCCGGUUCCCGCAGGAGGCAUUGGAAUCGGGGCUCGGAGGUGGCGAGGCAGCCGCGGCGGGUACAAGUCAUUUCCUCCGCCGUCCUCCAAGUCAAGCCGCCCAGAAAACUUUCCGAGCGCUGCUCACGCUGCCGAGGCAGUCCACGGAGCCUCAGGAGGGACCGGGCGAAAGCGGGCAGGAGCCGCCGCCGCUGCCUCCUUCGGAUCAUCCUCGUUGGGGAAAGCAAGGAACGAUGGGAGUCGCGGAGCAGCUUCCCCCCUCGCCCGUGCGCGGUGGGAUCUUUUGGAGCAGGGCGCUGGAGGCUCAGGUGCCGCCGGGCUUUUCCGCCAAGGAAGCGGCCUCGUGGCUGCGGGCGGCCCGGGAGGCGCGCGUCGUGUCGCUAGAGCGAGGCGGCUGCGGCCGCAGCUCCAACCGGCUGGCCCGGCUGUCGGACGGGAGCCGCGCGUGUGUGCGCUACGGCAUCAACCCCGAGCAGAUCCAGGGCGAGGCGCUUUCCUACCACCUCGCCGGACUGCUGGGCAUGCAAGAGCGCUUGCCGCCGCUGGCGCUCUCCCGGGUGGACGCCCGCGGCGGGCAGUGGGCGCAAGUGCGCGACGAGGUGCGGGGCUCGCACUGGGCCGAGGGCGCCGUGGUGAGCCUCGCGCAGUGGGUGGACAAUCUCACCGACGUGGUGGCCCCCGCCCCCUGGCGAGCCGAGGCAGGGGCGGCGGCGGGGGGCAGGAGGCUGCAGCCCCUGGCGGCGGGGGAGCUGCAAGGCCUUGGCCCGGCGCAGCUGGUGGAACUGGUGCAGUGGAGUGACUUGAUCCUCUUCGACUACCUGACUGCUAACUUCGACCGGCUGGUCAGCAACCUGUUCAGCCUGCAGUGGGACCCGCGCGUGAUGCAUCGCGCCACCAGUAACCUGCACCGAGCCCCCAACGGGGGGCUGGUCUUCCUCGACAACGAGGCCGGCCUGGUGCACGGCUACCGGCUGCUGGCCAUGUGGGACAAGUACAACGAGCCGCUGCUGCGCUCUGUCUGCGUCUUCCGCGAGGCCACCGCCCAGCGAGUGCGGGACUUGCACCACCUGCGCAACGCUGCCUCCGAGCUGCUCAGGCUGUACCGGACUCAGGAGCCCCUGGCCGAGCUGCUUGGCUUCCUUUCCGACCAGCAAGCCCAGCUGCUCCAAGAGCGCAUCGACUUUGUCCACAAGCACAUUUUGCACUGCAAAGCCAAGGCCUCCGCGCUUUGA